UCUUCAAGCGUAGAAAUGCAGCAAGCUCGCGUAUUUGCGAAUUAUACAGCGCUACAGUCAGUCAAAGCUGAUCUACCAUUCGGUACCUUUCGUCUAGUCUAGUGCGUCUAGUUCAAAAGUGCCGCUUUCGCUCUUUUGUUUUUUUUUUGCCGGGAUAGUGGAUGAAAAUGCCUUAUAAUAGAACAAGGCAAGACAACUGGUGGCAGAGACGAACUUUACUUGAGAGGCAGCUAUCUUACAUCGCUUUAGGAUCUUUAGUUUCAGCUUUCAUUUUACUCAUUGCUUUGAUUUUUUACCACCAAUACGGCGUUCCCAAAGGUGUCUGUCUGUCCAGCGGGUGUGUCCACGCUGCCUCUGAAGUACUGAACAGAUUAGACGAGCGAGUUGAUCCUUGUGAGGACUUCUACACCUUCGCGUGUGGAGGUUUCAUAGCAACAAGGACGAUUCCAGACAAUGCCGUUGCUCGUAGCGCCUUCACCGAGGUGCAGGAGAAACUCAAAAGCCAGCUUAGGGUGCUUUUGGAGGAACCUACGGGUCGAGACGAGAUACAAGCUAUCCAGUUGGUGAAGACGUACUACAAAGCUUGCAUGAACGAAGAUGUCAUAAAUGCAGAAGCACUAGUGGAAGCCCAUACGCUAUUGAACGCCCUAGGGGGUUGGCCUCUUUUGGAAGAAGUCUGGGAUCCAAACAAUUUCGACUGGAUUGAAGAAUUGAAAAGUUUUAAAGAUCAAGGAUUGGACUUCAACUACCUACUGUCUAUAAGAGCCGAAAAAGACAUUGGAAACACUUCUACGCGUAUUAUAACCGUUGACCAACCACCCCUAUUCGGACUAAGUAUCCAUAUUUUACGCAAAGGUAUACACGACAGUGUUGUCAGACAAUACUUGGAGCUUAUGGUGGAUUUUGCUGUGAUGUUUGGAGCUGGAGAUUUUGAUGCAGCCGCUGCCAUGGAAGAGGCCCUUCUGUUCGAGAUCCAUCUGGCAAAGAAAACUGUGUCAAAAGUUGAUCACCGCAACACAACGCUUUUCUAUAAUAAAAUGACGUUGAAACAGCUGAAGCAACAGCAUGGCAACAUUGACUGGAUGAAGCUGUUCCAGUAUAUUCUGCCUGAAAAUGUGAAACUUUACGAUGAAAGGGAAAUAGUGGUGGAGGUACCAAGCUACAUUGACGCUUUGGAAAAACUGCUUAAAAAUACGCCCCCAAAAACAGUAGCGAACUAUCUGUUUUGGAGGGCAGUCUUAGAGAUAUGGCCAUUUUUGCCGAAGAAAUUUGAGGACCGCAUUACCAAAUACAAGAAAGUAACAGGUGGAAUCACAGAGAGUUUACCUAGAUGGAAGAAAUGCUUGGAAAUCACGCAGGCGCAUCUUCCUCUCCUAUUGGGUGCAACAUAUAUACGUCGAUAUUCCAGCGACGACACCAAGGUAUACGCGUCCGAAAUAGUAAACUAUAUAAAAGAGGAGUUCAAGAAGACCAUACAGCACGAAACCUCGUGGAUGGACGAAUCGACGAAAAAUCAGGCUCUGAUCAAGGCUGCAAACAUUAGAGCUCAAAUAGCCUAUGCAAACGAGAUGCUAGGAGACAAUACUCUGAACGAGAUGUAUUCUGACAUCUUCGUAAACGAAAGAGCGUUUCUCACUUCCUUCCUGAACAUCAACAGACAUGAAUGGAACAGAUUGCUGAACAAAUUGUUGAGUCCUGUAAAAAAGAACGAUUGGACAGAAGCUGCUGCUCCUAUUGUGGUCAACGCCUACUACCACAGACUCGAAAAUACAAUCAUUUUACCGGCAGCAAUCCUGCAGGGCACAUUCUUCAACAGGUUCAGGCCUGGUUACUUGAACUUUGGAUCGAUAGGUAUCAUUGUUGGGCAUGAGAUUGUCCACGCCUUCGACGAUCAAGGCAGCCAGUUUGACGAAAACGGCAAUUUGAAGAGUUGGUGGGACAGAGAGACGUUAGAAUCGUUCACAGAAAAGGCCAAGUGUUUCAUACAGACCUUCAGCAGUAUAAAAAUUGAAGAAAUCGGGGAAAAUGUGAGCGGCACUCGGACCCUAGGCGAGAACAUAGCCGACAACGGUGGCACCAAACAGGCCUACCAGGCGUACCAAUCGUGGUCAGAUCAGUACGGCACUGAGUCCAGACUUCCUGGCUUGAAAUACUCGCCCAACCAACUGUUCUGGAUAGCAGGAGCACAGAAUUGGUGCAGUAAGGAGAGGUUGGAGUAUAUGCGGCAUAAAAUUGCAGUCGAUCCACACACGCCGAACAAAUACAGGGUGAACACGAAUUAUCAAAACUUGGAAAUGUUCGCGAAAGACUUCAAGUGUCCUUUGGGUAGCAAGAUGAAUCCAAGGAGAAAAUGUUCCGUUUGGUGAUUUGUCUGAGUGGUGUUAAGACUUUUUGUUGUUUAUAAGUUUAAUAAAUAUUUGUUUCGUUUUCUAA